AUGCCAUCUCCAUCUCUUCUUUCCAUUCUAAAAAAUCGUCUUAUACUUGAAGAGACUAAUUAUGAUACAAAUAUGUUAAUUUCUCAAAAUACAUCCAUGGUAUCACAAUUGAAUCCGGAUCAACUUACAAUUUAUGAAAAAGUUGUGGAUGCUGAACAAAAGAAAAAGCAACUGCUAUUAUUUGUAUAUGGAUCUGGUGGUACAGGAAAAACUUUUUUAUGGACAACUAUACUUUCAUAUUUCAGAUCUAAGGGAAAGAUUAUACUUGCUGUUGCCGCCUCAGGCAUUGCAUCCCUUUUGUUGCCUUCAGGUCGUACUGCUCAUUCUAGAUUUGUUAUUCCAAUUGACUUUACAGACAAGUCUUCCUGUAAUAUUAAAAAAAAAAACGCAGCUUGCAGAGCUCCUAAAGAGGACUUCUAUGAUCAUAUGGGAUGA